ACCAUCCACAACCUUUUACCUCCUUCGCCUCUAUCUGUCUCUCUCUCGUUCCAUCCUCAUCUCUCAGAUCAGAUCUCAAAUUCUCACUUCCAAACCCACAGAAUUCUUCAAUGGCGACCCCAACUCCAUCACCACGCGAGGAAUUCGUCUACAUGGCGAAACUCGCGGAACAAGCCGAGCGCUACGAGGAGAUGGUGGAAUUCAUGGAGAAAGUCUCCGCCGCCGUCCCCGACGCCGACGAACUCACGGUGGAGGAGCGCAACCUCCUGUCGGUGGCGUACAAGAACGUGAUCGGAGCUCGCAGGGCAUCGUGGCGGAUCAUAUCGUCGAUCGAGCAGAAGGAAGAGACCCGUGGAAAUGAGGACCACGUGAAUGUGAUUAAGGAGUAUAGGAGGAAGAUUGAGUCCGAGUUGUCGAAGAUAUGUGAUGGUAUUUUGAAGCUUUUGGACUCGAGGUUGGUGCCCAGUGCUGGUACUGGGGACUCUAAGGUCUUCUAUUUGAAGAUGAAAGGGGAUUAUCAUAGGUAUUUGGCGGAGUUUAAGGCUGGAGCUGAGAGAAAGGAGGCAGCCGAGAAUACGCUCAAUGCCUACAAGGCAGCACAGGAUAUAGCUAAUUCAGAGUUGGCUCCGACGCAUCCGAUCCGGCUUGGUUUGGCUCUUAACUUCUCCGUGUUUUACUAUGAAAUUUUGAACUCUCCUGAUCGAGCAUGUAAUCUGGCAAAGCAGGCUUUUGAUGAAGCCAUUGCAGAGUUGGAUACACUGGGAGAGGAUUCAUACAAGGAUAGCACUCUGAUAAUGCAGCUUCUUCGUGACAAUCUGACUUUGUGGACCUCAGAUAUGCAGGAUGAUGGCGGAGAUGAGAUCAAAGAAGCAACCAAGCACAGCGAUGAGUAGCAGUGAAGUUAUUAUCAUCAUAUUAGUAUUUUUGCUUCUACUUUUUCACUUUUUUGAUUGAAGAAGUUGCUUGCUCUGCAUUUCAUUAUUUGUUUUUAGGAGAUCAUGCAGUGAUUUAUGAUCUUUGGAAGAACUGAAGUUUCAUGCUUCCCUAUUUUAAUAUUCAUGUUUUUUUUAUUCUCUUUGAUUAUAUUUCAUGUGAUCAAGAAUGCUUUAUCAAUUGCCCCAGCUUCCCAUUUGUUGGCUGAGACGCAUGUAAUUGAACUUUGCUUCAUUUCCCUACUGAUGGUUUGUAAUACGUGUGCUUGAAAUAAAACGGUGCAUCUCCUUAAUAUUUGU